AUGGCCGAGGUUGAGCCACCCUCCUGUGAUGUCGUUGACUCUGAGGCCCUCGAGGCUCCACAGGCUGCACACGCUUCGGAGGACGGCGCCAGCAAAGCGGUGAAGCAGGAAAUUGAAAGCUCCUUCUCCACUUCGUUGCUGAAUCUCUGCAAGAACAUCAUUGGUGCGGGUUUGCUGACGUUGCCAGUUGCAGUUCGGGAUGCCGGAAUGAUCCCCUACCUUGUUAGCAUCACGUUGUUGGGGGUGCUGAAUGCCUUCACGUUCUUCCUGUUGGGCUGGUGCAGCGCAGUCGUCGGAGCUAGCACCUUUGCGGAGCUUUGUGUCAAGUCGUUUAGUCCCAGGGUUGCUUGGGUGGCGAACCUCGCAGUUCUCCUGGACAACAGCAUGUGCUGCCUGGCAAACUGUGUCCUCAUCGGGGACUUCUUCUCCAAGGCUUUGUCGGGUUUGCUGCCAAGUUGCGUCAUCCUCCACGGCCGAGCAGAGAACCUGUGCAUCAUUGGCGCUCUGCUGCUAGUGCCAUUGUCCUUGGUGACGAACUUGGCACUUCUUCGAUACGCAUCUCUGGCAGGCCUGGGGGCUACGGCCUACGUCUUUGCGCUGCUGCUUAAGGAUUUCGUAACCUUGUCAGACUGGUCCACCUCUGGCCCACUGCUGAACAACGUUACCCCACUGCGGCCGGACUUCUUCAAGACAAUGGCACUUCUUGGAAGCGCCUUCAUGGCCCACUACAACGCACCGAAGUAUUACGCUCAGCUACAAGACCGGUCAGUUCAGAAGUUCAAGAUGCUGGUUUGCUUGGCUUACGGCCUCGCUUGGCUUGUCUUCACGGCCUUCGGCAUAUUUGGCUUUGCACUCUUUGGCUUCGCUGCGGAGGGCAACGUCUUGAAGAACUACAGCUUCACCCCCGAGGUGUUGGUGGCUUGGCUGAGCAUGGGCCUCUCUGUUGUCUGCACGUAUCCCUUGGUCUUUGGCAGCUUUCGGGACUCUUCCGGCUUGCUCCUGCGCAAGUUCUUCGACGUGUCCUUGGCCUCCAUCCAGUUUCGUCUAGUUUUUACAUGCCUCGGCGUGGCCUUCACCGUCCUGGGCGGCGUUGCCUUCAGUGACGUGGCGCUGGUCAAUGAGCUGAGAGGCGCCAUCCUCAGCCCGUGCCUGGCCUUCAUCUACCCAGCUGCGAUGCUUCUCAGGACCCGAAGCAAGCGCAUCGAUGGCACGGCCCUUCCCUCACUUCCCUCCCAUACUCUCAGCUUGUGCCUUUGGCGCCUUUGCUGCUACAGCCUCUUAGCCUUCGGCAUUGUAUUCGGGGCCAUGGCUUUGCUGGUAAUGUUUAUGUCCAAAACGGACUUCUCUGUGCUCACAGCGGCCUAUCCGUCGCACAGAACGGGAAGUUGGUGCUACGCCUGCACUUGA